AUGGGCGUCGGGCGUGGGGAGUGGGGACCUGGAUUUUGGGGAUUGAUAAAUCCACAAUGGAACCUUUGCACAAAAGGAAGGAGACAGUCACCGAUAAACGUCGAACCUGAUAAACUUUUAUUCGAUCCAUUUUUACGUCACAUACAUUUGGAUAAGCAUAAAGUUAGCGGCACCCUACAAAACACGGGUCAAUCCUUGGUUUUUAGAAUAGAUAAAGAAACGAAACAUCACGUUAAUAUAUCCGGGGGACCCUUAGCCUACAGGUAUCAAUUCGAAGAAUUUUACAUACAUUACGGUAUUGAAAAUCAUCAGGGAUCCGAACAUCAAAUCCACGGUUAUUCAUUUCCAGGAGAGAUUCAAUUAUACGGAUUUAAUGCCGAGCUGUAUCAUAACAUGUCAGAAGCACAGCACAAACCUCAGGGAGUCGUUGGAAUUUCUUUAAUGGUUCAGAUUGGGGAGACACCUAAUCCUGAAUUAAGAAUAAUAACGAGCACAUUUAACAAAGUACUUUAUAGAGGUGCCUAUACUCCAAUCAGACAUCUGUCAUUGAGGAGUCUACUUCCGGAUACGGAACAUUACAUGACUUAUGAGGGUUCAACAACGCAUCCAGGAUGUUGGGAAACGGCCCUUUAUCAAUUAAGAAAAUUAAUGCAGGGAUCAGAAGAGACGCCAAAAGCGCCAUUAGGUAACAAUGCAAGACCAUUACAAAACCUUCAUCAUCGAACCGUUCGAACAAAUAUCGAUUUUCAAUCAAAAUCCGAGGCCAAGAACUGUCCGACAAUGCAUAAAGAAAUGUAUUAUAAAGCAAAUUUAUGGAAUAGCGAAGAUCCAUUUGGUUUUAUGCAUCAUAACGUGUGA